CGAACGGCGGCGAGAAAGGACCGCUGCCGGGGCCGCGGAGACGGAGCGCUCCGGAGGUGCGCCUGCGCGCUGACCCCGGCGGGCCCUAGCAACCGGAGCAGUGACGGUAGCAACCGCCGGAAUGGCAAAAGCAACAACAAUCAAAGAAGCCCUGUCCAGAUGGGAAGAAAAGACUGGUCAGAAGCCAUCUGAGGCCAAAGAGAUAAAGCUAUAUGCCCAGAUUCCUCCGAUAGAGAAGAUGGAUGCCUCUCUAUCCACACUUGGUAACUGCGAGAAGCUUUCCCUGUCUACAAACUGCAUUGAAAAAAUUGCUAACCUGAAUGGCCUAAAAAACUUGAGGAUUUUGUCCUUAGGAAGAAACAACAUAAAGAACCUAAAUGGACUGGAAGCAGUAGGAGACACAUUAGAAGAACUGUGGAUUUCCUACAAUUUUAUUGAGAAGUUAAAAGGGAUCCACGUGAUGAAGAAACUGAAGAUUCUCUACAUGUCUAAUAACCUGGUCAAGGACUGGGCUGAGUUUGUGAAGCUGGCGGAGCUGCCGUGCCUGGAAGACCUGGUGUUUGUGGGCAAUCCCCUGGAGGAGAAGCAAGCUGCUGAGGGCAACUGGAUCGAAGAAGCAGCCAAGCGUGUACCCAAACUGAAAAAGCUGGAUGGUACUCCAGUAAUUAAGCAGGAUGAGGAAGAUGAAGGCUAAGGCUGUACUUUCCACUUUGUGUUAAUUUAUUUAAAUGUUAUGAGAACAAUAGAUAAGUUUUGUAUAAUUGUCUAUUUUAAAGAUUUUGUGGGGGCAGAGUUCUUAUCAUAAAACACAUCUCUCACUUCCAUCCUUAAAAAAAAAACCUUUUAGUGUUUCUCCCUCAAACUAUUAACACCAAUGUCAGUCCAGUCCCAUCUUUGGAAACUACAAAUGUCCAGAGUUUGUCCAUUUACAUAUGUCAGCUGUCUCCUAAAAUUCAUAGACUGGUCAUUUGUAAGAGCAAAGGGACCUGUUAUCUGUACUGUUAUUUAGUAUUUUUUUAGGCCAGGCAUUUUAAAGAUAGGCUUUCAAAUCUGUACGAGGUUCAUGUCCUUAUAACUCGGAAGCACAAAUGCAUCACCCCAUUGGUUCAGAAGGCAGCGUGGUGAUGGGAAGCAUUCCUAUUAGAACACAGCUUACCUGGACCCAAGGGCCCGACACUGGUGAGAAAAGGAAGAAUGACUGUCGUGGGGUCUUCUUAGCUCGUGUUAUAUUUACUUCUUUUUCCAAAAACGUCUGCGCUGUCCACUGGAAUUCGGGACCUAACGGAUGGCCACUUAAGUCACUAUGCACGACCAGACACCCUGUUGUCCCCAUCAAUGGCUAACUCAGCUGGCAUGGCCAGCUCUAUAGUAAUGUGAUUCCAUUAACUUUUGUGGACCUUGCUUUAUGCAGAGUUUUAAAAAUAACUUCUCAUAUAUUUAAAGCGGUAGUCAGUGGUUCUAAGUAUCUACCAUUAGUUUGUAAAAACUUUUCCUGAAUGAUUUAGCCUGCUGCCCUUUGUUUCAUGGUUAUAAGGGUACAAACUUAAAGACUGAAUUUGGUACCUCUAAAUAAAAAACAGUAUUUCAAAAUAUAUUUUUGAGACUAUCUAAAAUAGCUUUUAAAGUGUAUCAUGUAAGUGGUACGGAGGGAAGAGAGAGAUGUUUCAGGACGGAUCCUAGGCAAAUGGCAGUAUAUUGCAGAGUGUCUCCUGUGGAACACUGUAGGUGUCUUAAGAUCUGCAAAGCAAUAGUGUGGAAAUUAGAAUGUAUCAUAUAAGAAAAAUAUAAAAUGUAAAAGGUCAUCAGUGCCAGAUGAAGUCAUUGACUGAUUGAGGAGAAGUCAGGAACCCCUGCCAAAUUGUGCCUAAAGUCUCAGCCAGAGGCUGAUUCUUGGUUCAGCCCCAUCGAUUCUACCUGGGAGUAAUCUCAGUGAAAGGGGCAGAAUCUUUUUUUUAAACGAUUCCAUAAGUAGUCUUGGUAUGAAAAACUUACAGCUGUCAUGCCACUAAGAAUGGCUUGGUUCUGUAAGAGUCACACUGAUCAAGAGGGACGACUGCUUUGACAAUCAUCUCUAAAUUCAAGCAAAAAUGCCUAGUCUUGGGCUGGAGAGAUGGCUCGGAGGCCUGUGCUUGUUGCUCAGGACCUGAGUUUACUUCCCAGCACCCACGUGUAGGCUCACAGCCUCCCAGACUUCCAGGGUAGUAGCCGAUGCCCUUUCUGGCAUCCCUGGACACCAGACAUACACAAGUUACGCAGACAUACAUGGAGGCAAAACGCCAUACACAUAAUAAAUUUUUACAAAGAAUACCCAGCAUAAUACCUUAUGCACGCCUUUUUAGCUUUUCCCCCUGACUGGCUUAACAUUCAGAACCAUUGGCAUUUCCCCUGUGAGCCACAGUGGUGGGGCCUCAUUCUCCUGGGUGGUGCAGAAGGCUGCAAGUGGAUGGAACACUAUUGUUACUUGAGUUUCGAGGAGGCAAGCCCUGUUACUACGUGUGGCUAGACUUCCUGAAAGGUACCCUGGGAGUGAGGAUGGGAAGUGGAUGACUUCAUACUGCAUCUGUGAAAUGACUUAGAGUAUGUGUUUUUGUUUUUUUCCAAAUUCUGUAAUUGGAAAAUACCCCUCCAUCAUUUCUUAAUGUCUUUUAAUCACUGGUGGUUCUCAGAGAUAUGUACGGUGCUUUUCUGUAUCCAUUUGACACAAAAACCAUUUUCAGCUCCUCUCCACAAAUAUUGGAAUGUCUUUGAUGCAUCUCUGUUCCUGGAAUUAAAGCCAAAAUGCAUUCAGUUUGAAAGUGGAAUGGAAGGCCAGCCUAGUCUAUAGAGCAAGUUCCAGAACAGCCAAGGCACAGAGAAACCCUGUCUUGAAAAACAAAGAACAAACAGAAAAAAAGAAGAAAGAAAGAAAGAAAGAAAGAAAGAAAGAAAGAAAGAAAGGAAAGAAAGAGAAAGAAAGAGGAGAAAAGAAAGAAAAUGGAAUGGAAGCUGGAUAUAUGAAAGAGUUGAGGAUAUGAGGCUAUCCCCCAGAUCAUUCUGUAAGUCUCCUUUUACUCCUAAACUGUAGUUGAGAUGAGAUGGGGCUUAUGCCAAUCAGACUGGAGAUGGAUCGGACCAACUUGUACUAAAUGCUGUCGGUGUUCAUUUGAACUUCUGCCCUUAGAGAUAAUGCUAGAGUGCUGGAACAGCCCAGUAUUUUAUUGUUUUCACCGUCGAUAUGAUGGUAUAUUAGAAUUCCACUUUCUGUGUUUCCUAAUUCUUAGCUAAUGGCCAUAUUAUCUAGCCAGGUCUUGGAAGGCCUUUCUUCUCCUUUCUUACUGCAGCGGAGGUCCUCGGGGUCCACUGUUUACAUUCUGGUCUCUGUAACUCACUGUGGUGGGGCUGUGCACUGUAGGCUGCUUAGCCGCACCGGUCUUUUACCCCCUAUAUGCCAAUAGCUCCUCCUCUCCAGUUUUGGUAACAAAAGAUGGCUCCAAACAUUGCCCACUGUGCUCCGGAACAAAGGGAGAUAGCCAGGUUCUCCCCUAGAUAAGAACCAGUGUUUCUCGUUCCAGCAUUCUUCUCUAGGCCGCGGUCACUUUUGCUCUGUAGUCAGGUGCUGCUGGAAUUACUGUGAGAGAAAGUGACAUGUUUUAACAUCAUGGCUGGAGCUGACCAGUAGUGUGGCCCUUUUGCCCAAUGCUGAUUUCAUGUUCUGCUGUCUUAGAAACUUGGGCCCUGGAAGCUGCAUCUUCUGUGUGCAGGAUCUUAGCUCCAGUUACUCACCCUGCUCGUCUUAGGACAACGGUUAAUCACUUCAUCUCUCAGUCAUCUAAAACAACUGUGUGAUAGAUUCUGUUCUGCCUCUAAAGCUUAAUAUUUGGAAUAUGCUUUAGAAGAUGUGUCAUCAUGCAUAGAUUUUUCUUUUUUUUUGCAGAUGUUGUCCGUCAUUAAGUCUAGGCAGCACUGUGCUCAGUUGCUCAUGCGUGAGCAUUAGCUGGUGGACUUCCAGUGUGACUGGGACUCUGUGAUUAGAAGGGUGCUGUGCCUAACUGGUCAGGAGCGUGGGUGCUUCCUGCAGCUGCCCUACAUGUGGCUCUGGAGUGGAAACUUGUUGUUGAGUAGGUAUUUCUUCAAAUGCCUAUGCCAGGCAUCUGAACACAGAGCAAGGAGUGGUGAGAAAUUAAUCUGUCAUUGGCUCCGAGCUGGUGAAAUGGAAAAUAGAGCUGGGCUCAGUGGCACACGCCUGUGAUCCCAACAUUCAGGGAGGCAGAGGCAGAGGCAGAGGCAGAGGCAGAGGCAGAGGCAGAGGCAGAGGCAGAGGCAGAGGCAGAGGCAGAGGCAGAGGCAGAGGCAGAGGCAGGUGGAUCUCUGUGAGUUCAAGGCCAGCCUGGUCUACACAAAGAAACCCUGUCUCAGAAAACAAACAACAGGCCAGCCCAGAGAGUUUGGAUUUAAUCAUUUACUUUGGAAACUGGGUGGGGGAAGAGAGGGAAGUGAAGAGUUACUGUCUGACUGAGGUAGUAGCCUACAGUUCACAGAGACUGUGAACACUCAAGCCUGGGUAAAGGGAGAAAGCAAACUGCAAGCUCUCCUUUGCCACAAUCAGCCUUGGACACGCAUGUGGGCUGGCAAUGCGUCCACAAGCAAUGAAGCCAGACUCAGUGCGGCAGAGCGUUGGAGCUGGUUCUCACAGCUGACUGACGUGUUCCUGGAUCUUAACCUAGUGUGGCAUCCACGCUCCGUACAAGUGUAGGCCAGGUGAAAGUUAAAAUGCAAAGAGCUACAUGAAGAGUCACUGGACUUUUAGAGUUCCAUGUUUGUGUAUCUGCCCCUGCCUUUUAUUCUUCCUUAACUGCAUGAAAGGAAACAGAAAAGCAGAACUAGACUUCUAGCCUGAUAGAAAGUGGUUCAGUUAACACGUGGAGAAAGUAUAAUCAUAGUCUCAAUAAUUUCCCAUAUUGGGCAGAUUAGCGAGGACCCAGACAACCAAAUUAUGAGCUAACAAAUUUAACAAGAAGGUAGAGAGAGUAAACUAUUUUUUUAGAAGAUUUGCACUUUAAAAUUAUGAGUGUGGUGGUGGAAAAUACUUCCAAAGGGGAGGUGGGGAGCUACGGAGCCUGCACACAGGUGUCCCAGACUCAGGCUCCAACACUUGCUCACUCUAGCCACAGUUGCUGUCUUCAUGGUCAGUUAGGAUUUCCUGCCUUUCUUUCCUAUUUGGGUAGUUAUAUUCAAGGUCGUCCUAUUCAGAAUAGAAACUUUGGGUAUUUUCUUUCCUCUAUCUAGAUUGUCUUUCCUUAUUUUUUCAAUGUUUAUUUUUUGGUUUUUCAUGGCAGAGUUUCCCAGGAUGCCCUGGAACUCACUCUGUAGACCAGGCUGGCCUUGAAUUCAGAAAUCCACCCUCCUCUGCCUCCUGAGUGCUGGAGUUAAAGGCGUGUGCCGACGCCACCUGGCCCAUAUCUAGAUUUUAAAAAUUCAAUUUAGUGUUGGCUGCAUAACAGGGGGGAGGGGAUCUGGGCAUCUCCGUCCCUGGGAGUCCCUGCCUGUGACGAUGUUGCACUCCUGUCACAGCUGAUGAAGAGCAGAAGUCCACACACAGUCCAGCGGCUUCUCCCAGCUUGUCCUUCAAGGCCAGGAGCGUCAUUCUCAGAGCAUUGGCUUCUAGAACCAUGUUCAUUCUGAAGAACAUUUUAACAUCUGUUAAUGCUUUGGUAAUAAUCUUUUAUACACAGGACUUUUGUAGCAUGACUUUAUGACUAAACUUAUUGUGCGUUAAAUUAUUUAGUAAUAUUGACUUUCUGAAUGUUAUUUUGUGGAACUUGUUUUAAAAUAGUAAUAAAUCAUGUUAUUUUAUAGAAAAAAAAA